AUAUUUAUGGAACCUCCAUUGGCGCAAAGAUAAAAUAAAGCAACGUAAAACAUAAGUUUUCACUAAAAGAAAUUUAAAAAAACGCACAAAAACAAAAACGUUGUCGUGGCCUUUUUUCUACCCAGCCGUAGCAGCAGUCAGUCAUUGCGAACACAUUAUCGAUUACUCACACAAACCGUGGAAGACUCCACAUCAUACACACAUAUUUCAACGAGUGCUUGUUCUUUUUUUUUGUUUUAUCUCAAUUCAUCACCAUUAUUAGUCUUGUAGUUGUUGAUGUUUCGUUUAACGAACAUUGUCUUCCCCUGGUGUCUGACUUGGUCACAAUUUUCAUAAAAAUAAAACUAGUGACGUAUAAAAUUGCCGAGCAAUCUAACACAAGUUCAUAACCCUUUGCAACCGACUCAGGCUGAGAAUAAAUUCCAAAUGUGGCUAUGGGAUUAUAUAUGGAAAAGUAUAAAAGAGAAACAAGAAAAAGAACACCGUCAUAGCGUGGCAAUUGUUAAAAUUGGUUUGGGUGCCGCUGGCUUCUGUGCAUUAUAUUUGAUCUUUGGCUAUGGAGCUCAAUUGCUGUGCAAUAUUAUUGGUGUGGUCUAUCCUGCCUAUGUUUCGAUACAUGCCAUUGAAUCUAGCACAAAAUUGGAUGACACCAAAUGGCUAACAUACUGGGUGACUUAUGGCAUCAUGUCAAUUAUUGAAUAUUUCUCGGUUAUAUUGACAUCCAUCAUUCCAUUCUACUGGUUGAUUAAGUGUGGAUUCCUAAUCUGGUGCAUGUUGCCCUCUGAACAGAAUGGAUCUUAUGUCAUCUACAAUCGCAUUGUGCGCCCAUAUUUCCUCAAACAUCAUCAAGCUGUUGACAGUGCGAUAGACAAAGCCAUUGGCCAGGCUAAGAAAAAUAUUGGAUCCGUUUUGAAGAAUGAAUAAAAUUCAACGAAAAAUUUAAAACAAAAACAUACCUCCUCCUUCACACUCAUUAGACCUACCACACACACACAAGCGCCAGAGUAAAAACUGAGAAAAGUAGUUUGCGAGCAAUUGCUGCAUUACUACUCCAUUUUACCUUGGCGCGGUUUUUUAUUUAAUUUUUGGUAAUGGAAUUUUACGGUAGUUGGAAAUCAUGUGUCAUCACAUAUGUGUCUUCGUGUUAACCUCAGAUUUAAUCUUAAAUGUUUCUUUAAAUUAAAAUUAUAAUUAAAAAAAAACAACUUUAUUUUGAUAAUAUAAAACUACCAUUAAGACGUCGCAUGCAAAUGGAGAGAAUGAAUAUGAAACACAAGAACAAAAAUAAAUGUUGAAGACAAAUGUA